AUGGAAUUGCAUAAUAAUUAUUACCUUGCGGGACCUUCGGAGCAGCUGAAACCGCAACAAUUGUCAAGAAACGUUUUUUUUGGGCCCUUCAACGUUUUGUCAAGACACAAAUUUUUACAUGACAAUCAGAUUAAAUUCUUUAUUUGCAUUGGUAUACCCACCCAAAGACUGGUUAAUCUAACUAGUAAUAGUGAUGACGCGCUGAUGAUAAAUUUUGAUUCAUCGCUCAACACUACUAGUGUUCCAGUCACAACCGAUAUCGCGAACUAUCAAAACCACAAUUCGUUACUGCUGAGAACAGUUAUCGAUAAGAUACUCAUGGAAUCGUCACCUUCAUUCCUGCCACAGGAAUCAAAUAGAUGUCUUACACCUCAACCUGAAAAUUGUGUUUUCGAGCGACCCUUCAUUGAUAGCUUGCAAGGCAUCUAUCAAAAUGGUAGCGUAUUCACUGAAGACGUUACCGGUAGCGAAAGAUUCAAAAUAUUUAAUGAUCUGCUGACAGUUUUCCAAAUGGUAAACCCAAAUGCAAGCACAUUCAUAUUCUCUCAAAAUGGCAAUGAUGAAGAGUUGACAAGUUUCCUAAUGUCUCAGGUUCUUGUCAGAAACACAUACAUAAAACUGAAUGAAUCAUACAAAUUUGUCAAAUCUCUGCGACCUACAAUUAAUGACAUCAAGGACGAACAAACGUUUUGGCUGCACGGGUUGAUGGAUUUUUAUGAGUCGAUUAGAAAAAAUAGUGGCAAUUGUGAACAAAGCCCAGGAACGCAGAAAUUCAGAAAAAGGAUUGAUUCAAUGGAUGAAUCAGAUAUUAAGGUGGGAAAUAGCGGCAAUACUGUUGCUCGAUGCAAAAGGUCAAAACAGGGCCAUUAG